AUUUUAUUCUAGUACAUAAACCAUUCUGUAAUAAUUAUUUAUACUUAAAAUGUCCUUAAUUGAUGGAAGUAAACCGUGGUUAAAUGAAGAAACUGACAAUGCUUCUGAUAACACUGCAUUAAUUAUAAAAGAAGAACGCAAAGGAAUUGCAUGUAUAAAAAAAGAAUUUAUCAUUGAAGGUCAUAUACCCAAGUUAGCUAUUAAUUGUGUUUCUGACACAGAUAAAACCCAAUUAAAUGAAGAUGAACCACCUUCUAAAAAACAAAAGUGUAGUAAAAGUGUACUGAAAGGUCAGAAUAAGUCUAGAAAUUGUACAUACUAUCAGAUUCCUACUGAACAUUUAUGUUCACAUCUUAUUGAAGGUAUUGAUAAUGGUUCUUGUUUAUAUGAUAAAUGUAAAUUUAUACAUGAUGUAAAGGAAUAUUUAGAAAAAAAACCAAAUGAUAUUGACAAAACAUGUUAUGUUUAUUCUAUUAAGGGUCGUUGCCCCAGAGGACUUACUUGUAGGUAUGGAAGUAGUCACAUUGAAAAUGGUAAAAAUAUUAUUGACCAAAUUAAAUAUGAUACUUGGAUCAAGAAUGAAAAACUUUGUAGAACUUUAAGUAAAGAAAACAUGUUAAAACUACGAAAAAAAUUAUAUAAUUUUGAUAUAAGUGACAAAGCAGUUAAAAAAAUUGAUAAUGAUAAAAAUGUAGGACCUUUGAUUGAAGAAAGUUCCAAAAAAAUUUGUUGGAAAGAUAAAUUAUACCUUGCACCUUUAACUACUGUUGGUAAUUUACCUUUUCGUAGAAUUUGUAAAGAAUUUGGUGCUGAUAUAACCUGUAGUGAAAUGGUUUUAGCAUCAAGUUUGUUACAAGGACACAAUCAAGAAUGGGCAUUGACUAAAAGACAUGAAACAGAAGAUAUUUUUGGAAUCCAAGUAUGUGGCAAUAACCCAUAUAUGUUGAGUAAAAGUGUACAAGUCCUUCAAGAAAAUGUAGACAUGGAUUUUUUAGACUUAAAUUUAGGAUGUCCAUUAGAUCAAAUUUACAAACAAGGUGCAGGUAGUGGUUUGCUAUUAAGAAGUAAAAAACUAGAAGUUUGCCUAAAAAGUAUGAAAACUGUGCUUAAUGUACCUCUUACUGUAAAAACCCGGUCUGGUGUUACUAAAGACCAUAAUAUUGUACACGAUUUAAUACCUAUGUUUAAAGAUAGUGGAGUUUCACUUAUAACAGUUCAUGGAAGAUCUAGAGAUCAGAGAUAUACUAAAAUUGCUGAUUGGAAUUAUGUAAAUAAAUGCGCAAAAUUAGCCAAUCCAAUACCAGUAUUUAGUAGUGGAGAUAUUAUGUCUUAUGAAGAAUAUGAACAUUCUAAAGUAGAAUUUCCAGAUAUCACUGGUGUUAUGAUCGGUCGUGGGGCUUUAAUAAAACCUUGGAUUUUUAAAGAAAUUAAAGAAAAACGUCAUUGGGAUAUAAGUAGUAAUGAGCGAUUAGAAAUUUUAAGAACAUUUAUAAAAUAUGGUCUCGACCACUGGGGCAGUGAUACACGAGGUGUUGAAACAACCAGAAGAUUUUUAUUGGAAUGGCUAUCAUUUUGUUACCGAUAUAUACCUGUUGGUAUUUUAGAACAUGUACCACAAAAAAUCAAUGAGAGACCACCACAUUAUAAAGGAAGGGAUGAGUUAGAGACAUUAAUGGCUAGUGGAAAUUGUGCUGAUUGGAUAGAAAUCAGUGAAAUGUUAUUGGGACCAAUACCAGAUGGAUUUCAAUUUCUACCCAAACAUAAAGCUAAUUCUUGGAAAUAAUUACCAGUAAUUGAUACUUGAAAAUUAAUUGGAUUUUUUAAGUGUAUAGUUUAUGUACCAAAUAUUUUAUUAUUAAACCAUGUAUGUUGAAUGUUUUAUUUUUUGUGUUUUAAUAAAUGUUAGAAACAUUUCUGAGUUAGUGCCACUUA